GGAGAGAUGAGAUCAGGGAUUUAAGAGUGCACAGAAUUACAUCCACACGUGCACUUCAUGUUAUGUAAGAGCCUUGACUGCCUCACUGUAUGCUGUAGGAUAACAGCAGCAGUGUGCGGGCAGAGCAGAUGCUGUGUACAUACACAGGGAAGCCUACGCUUAAUACAGCAGGAGAAACAGAGAAGAAUCUGAUAUUUUUAGGAGCUAUGGGCACUAAAGAUGUACUAAGCUUGGAUGAGCUUGGAUAUUCACUGACACCUCUAGGAAAAGGAGCUAUUUGUGAGAUUCCUUCAUGUGGCACUAUGAAUGGAUUAUAAUCAGUGAUGUUUAGCUUGCUCCGUGGAGUACUGUGAUCACCUCAGGACGUAUAUGCUGUUUCGAUCCUUGUCCUGCGGCCCCUGGGGGCCUUGGAUCAUGACAUCAGCGUGGUCCUUGAUGUGGGUUGUGUGUGGACUGGCGGUGUGGUUUUCCCACACUCACGCAGCCUCAGUGAGCCCCAAUCUGCUCAUGAUCACCUCUGAUCCAGUCACUGAUGAUCAACCAAUCAAUCCAGAGUAUCUGACUGAACCUACUAAUCCACCCAGCAACAACACAGUCUCAGUGAGCCCCAGUCUGCUUAUGCCAACCUCUGAUUCAAAGACUGACGAGCAACCAAUCAAUCCAGAACAUCCGACUGAGCCUACAGAUUUAUUCAGCAACACUGACACAGCAGCCUCAGUGAGUUCCAUUCUGCUCAUGACGAACUCUGAUGCAAGUAAUGAAGGACAAUCAACCACUCCAAAACAUCAGAGUGACUCUACAGAUCCACCCAGCAGCAACAACACAGGACUUGCAUGCAUUUCUGUGCUUCCCCCAAGACGAGGAUCAUACUACGUGGAGCACGGCACAGGGGUGUCUGUGGGCUCCAUGCUUGUGUUCUGGUGUAAGGAGGGCUACCAGCUAGUUGGCCAUGAGAAAAUCACAUGCAUCCUGCAUGCAGGCGUCCCUCGAUGGAGCAGCUCCCUGCCAGUCUGUGAGAGUAUCCCUCGGCCAAAUGACCAGGGACUUCACAUUGCUUUACUGGUGUCUGUUGUGAGUGGAGUGGUGAUUCUUGUCAUGACUGUCUGCUUCAUCGUCUGCUGUUGUCAAGACCACAUGAGCAAAAAGAAGGAAAAGCAUCGGACAGGCAGAAGCAGGAGAAGAGAAACACGAAGCUCUAGGUCUCGGAGGAGCCCGUCCUGGUUGGAAAGAGAGCAUAUAGAUUGGGAAGCAUUCCCUCCACCUAAACUUUUCAGCCUGUCCCAGCGUCUCGACCGACCGCUGCCUCCUGGUAGUCCUGUUUAUUCAGAAGUCAUCAGAGCCUAUGAGAACAGAGGGUAUGAGAGGAGUCAGGAGAGUCUGCUGAGAAACUCCAAUUCCACAUAUCCUACAUACCACGCCAACAGCCAAAUCUACCCGGCCCUUGUUUUCCAAAGGGUUCAAACUGAGCCAAACCCCACCACUGCUUCUACCACCCCAGUUUACGUACAGAUUUCCACACCUCCCAAAAACAAGACCCCACACGCCCCUGCUGUCACCCACCCAUAGACGGGAAUGCAACCAGUAGUCAUUUAUCUCAUCAGCAGCACUGAAUGUGGCCAAGACAAUACAGACAACAUUGCGCAGAUGUGGUGGGCAGAUUUAACUGGUUUAACCAGAAGCACUUUGAUAUUUUUAAUGUUGAUGAUGUCUUUUGCUAUAUUGUAAAUAUAAUUCAUUUUCAGGUGGACCUGGUUAUUCAUGUCAGAUCUUUAAAGAUACCUAAUUUAACUGUAAAUAGAAGUUUUGAUGAUAUUGUAAGAACAUAAAAUUGAACAAUAACCUUUCUGUUUUUGCACAGUUUAGAAAUGUCCUUGAGGUGGUCAGCUACCAGCCAUUUUCAUUAUAUUGUAUUCAUAUUCAUAUAUACUCUUGUUAGAAUGAGACAUUUGUAACCUAACUGUAAAUUUGCACUUUAAAUGCACUGAUUCAUUUCUAAUAAAUUGUU